AUGCAAGGAUACAGAUCAUACGCCAUGGAAAACCAUCACAAUUUACAUCAUGAUUCCAACGAUCAAAAGCCUUUGGUAGUGGACUUAAUGUCCGGCCAAUAUGGCAAACCUCAAACUCCACCACCCUCGCCUACCGAAUGCCUCUCCAGCCCCGACACUUCAUUGAAUGGCAGCCGCAAUAAUUCCUGUGAAAUUCCCGCUGAUCCUUCGGUGCGCCGCUAUCGUACCGCCUUUACCCGCGAUCAAUUAGCUCGCCUGGAAAAGGAAUUCUACAAGGAAAAUUAUGUCUCAAGACCACGACGUUGCGAGUUGGCUGCCCAAUUGAAUUUACCCGAAUCGACCAUUAAGGUAUGGUUCCAGAACCGUCGCAUGAAGGACAAGCGCCAACGCAUUGCUGUGGCCUGGCCCUAUGCUGCUGUUUACUCGGAUCCCGCUUUCGCCGCUUCCAUCUUGCAAGCCGCCGCUAAUAGUGUGGGCAUGCCUUAUGGUCCCUAUCCCGGAGCUGCUGCCGCCAAUCCCCUAAUGGCUUCGGCUAUGCCCACCAUGCCAGUGCAUGGUCACAAUCCCUAUGGACAAUAUCGUUAUGCUCCCUACCAUUUGCCCGCUCGUCCCACUCAUGCCGCCCAUCCGCAUAUGGGUCAUGGCAUGCCACCGCAUAUGAGUGCUGCCGCCGCUCCCAUGGCUGCUGCUGCUGCCGCCGCUGCCUAUCCCGCCAUGUUGGGAGUUAUGCCACCGACUGCUGCCACCUAUGCCACCAAGACCCAAACACCUCCCUUGGAUUUACAAUCUUCGUCAUCGCCUCACUCCUCCACCUUGUCUUUGAGUCCCGCCGGUUCGGAUCACACCAAAGUAUUCGAUCGCAGUCUCAGCCCUUUGCGUCCCUCCCUGCCGCCACAACAACCCAUACAAUUGCCUUUACCCUCAUCAGCUGGUCUACUGAUGCCCACGGCCAAACGUCCUGCCUCCUCCAUGUCACCACCACCACAGACCAGCAGUUUGGUGUCGGAACCCAAACCCAAACUUUUCAAACCCUACAAGACUGAGGCUUAG